UUGGGGUACAGAUUUCAAAACAAUCAAUGCUCGCGUUGUUGACGUACUCAAACUCUCGCGGUAACACAGAUAGAAGUCUCGCCACCGUAGUUUUACUUUGAGAGGUUAAAUCCUUGUCAAGACAGCCUGCUCCAAUCAGUCGUUGUAGUUUAUCGGGGUUAUUAUUUCGGGGUUACUCGAGAACAGAUACCGUAACGCGAACCCAGCGGUAACGUCCCGCAACACCAUGCAACAUUUGACCCUCCUCCGGCUGUCUUCCUUGCUGCUGCUGCUCCUGGCCCUCCCCGUCUCGAGAGGGCGCUACAACGACGACUUUGACGAUGGCGAGGAUGUGGCUGACUUCGACGACAACGACUUUGCCGAGUUCGAAGAUACGAGCGAUGACGCGGCGUCCGAGUCAGGCACUGUCCCGCCGCCGCCAGCGCGGGGCAGCCCUUCCUCGCAGCACGAUGAAGACGAGGAUGAAGACGAGGCCACGGUGGAGCUGGAGGAUGGUCAAGACGGUUUUGAUGACUCGGACGCGCAGGAUCAGGAUAUUUACAGUAAAUAUGACCAGGAGGAGUUUGAGGGGAUUGGAGACAUGGAGAAGACGGGCCAUCCCAUGAAAGACCCUCUCAUAAUUCACACGGUUCCGGCCCAUCUUCAGAAUAGCUGGGAGAGCUACUACAUGGAGAUCCUGAUGGUGACAGGCCUGCUGGCCUAUAUCAUGAACUACAUCAUCGGCAAGAACAAGAACAGCCGCCUGGCUCAGUCCUGGUUCAACUCUCACAGAGAGCUGCUGGAGAGCAACUUUGCUCUUGUGGGCGACGAUGGCACAAGCAAAGAAGCAGUGAGCACGGGGAAGCUCAAUCAGGAAAAUGAACACGUCUACAACCUUUGGUGCUCUGGACGCGUCUGCUGUGAGGGCAUGCUCAUACAGCUCAAGUUCCUGAAGAGGCAAGACCUGCUCAAUGUUCUGGCCAGGAUGAUGAGGCCCACCUGUGACCAAGUGCAAAUUAAAGUGACUCUAAAUGAUGAGGAUAUGGACACGUUUGUGUUUGCUGUGGGCACUAAGAAGGCGAUGGCCCGCCUCCAGAAGGAAAUGCAGGACUUGAGUGAGUUCUGUGGCGACAAGCCAAAGUCCGGAGCCAAGUUCGGCCUUCCAGACUCUUUAACUAUUCUUACAGAGAUGGGUGAGGUCACAGAUGGCGUGAUGGACAAUAAGAUGGUUCAUUACAUCACCAACCACGCCGACAAGAUCGAGUCCAUCCAUUUUUCGGACCAAUUUUCUGGUCCAAAGGUUAUGCAAGAGGAGGGUCAGCCCUUAAAGCUGCCUGAAACCAAGAAGACCCUGCUGUUUACAUUUAACGUGCCUGGAAUGGGCAACACUUCUCCCAAAGAUAUGGACGCUCUGCUGCCCCUCAUGAACAUGGUCAUCUACAGCAUCGAUAAAGUCAAGAAGCUGCGUCUCAACAGAGAGGGGAAAAUGAAGGCAGACCGCAACCGUGCCCGCGUGGAGGAGAACUUUCUUAAGCAGACCCACGCUCAGCGCCAGGAGGCCGCACAGACCCGCCGCGAGGAGAAGAAGCGGGCCGAGAAGGAAAGGAUCAUGAACGAGGAGGACCCCGAGAGACAGCGCCGCCUCGAGGAAGCGGCUCAGAGACGAGAGCAGAAGAAGAUCGAGAAGAAGCAGAUGAAGAUGAAGCAGAUCAAAGUGAAAGCUAUGUGAAGUCCGUCCGUCACCCUCAACGGCCACGUGUCGCAAAGGACAUUUUUGUCAGGGUCUUAUCAGCAGCACACCUCAGUGCAUCGUGUUUUUGUCUCAGUAGUCUGUACCUGCUUGUAGAUUUUAAAAUAUCAUCACGGGCCUCCAUUGAUUUGUAAUCAUAGCGUUAAUAUAAUCUUCAGUGACAUUUUAACUUAUAUCUGCUGUGAGGUUGCAUUCCUGCAGGUUAUUUCUUAUGAAUUUCUGAGCAAAAGUCAAUAAUAAAGUGCACUGGACUCUG